AAUCAAUCCUCUCAUUUAGCAAUUCAACUGAAGAGGGCGCAACAGCAAUGUGUCAAUAAAUACUCUCAUUUAUUUCUACAAACAUAGUUGCUCCAUCAGAGCACAGACACACAGCUCGGUCACUUUUCCAUUCCACAUAGAACCGAAACGGCGUCGAUUCAAGCAAGCGCCAAACGUCAUGUUGUACAUUUGACCUAUUCCUUUGCUCCUUUCUCUUUGACUGCAUGCUGAGGGAAAUCAAGUUGAUUGGUUGGCAACUUGCAAGCAAGCCUUCAACUUGGGCAGAAGCUUUGAGACGACGAAGGCUGAACGUGUCAAAGCAGAGUGACGUCACGCGCGGUGCGGGCUAGGACUUUAGUUGCGUCCGUGGGUCAGUCGCACUUGUCGAGUUGGAGCCGCCGUUCCUGUCUGCCAGUCUGCCUGCCUGCCUGCCUGUCUGCCUCGCUCGCUGUCUGAGAGUCUCGCAUCGCAGCCCAAGUUGUUGAUCAAUCACCCAAGGCGCCCGAGGAUGGUCCACCAAAGUUGCCGCGGCCGCCGCGAACUGCUCAUCAUGAGUCUGCGCCCCGCACUUGUGUGCUUUCUACUGCUCUCCCUAACCAGGAUGGCCGAGUCAGAUGACUGCGACGGCACGGCUGACCAGGUGCAAUUCUGCAAGGUUGGCGACAAUCUCAAACUGGAUUCAAGUUCCAAUGAGAAUGUCAAAUGGACUUUUGAUGGAAAGACCACAAACCUCCCAAGUACCGUUAAUCAUGACGAUUCGGACACGCAAAAAAAAGUCCUGAAAUUGGACGGCCUGAGCGCUGCAGACAGCGGCAAGUACACUGCCACCUACCCCAGCGGCGCCAAGAACUUCUUAAUCCUCGUCGGAGCCGUCACCUGCCCCGCAGCCGGAGAAUGCAAAGUUGUGAAGGGGAGCUCCAUCGAGAUGGACUCCGGAGCGGCUUCCGAGACUGUCGCCUGGACUCAUAAGAAGACACCUGGGGGGCCGGAUACAUCGAUCCCUACCAUCAACUUCCCUGACAACAACAAGAAAAAGAUGGGCCUCUUCAACUUGAAUGCAGACAACGCGGGGACCUACGAGGCCAAGUACCCCAGCGGCGAACCGAAGACCACUAAAACAUUUACAGUCUCCGUCCAAGAUCCCAUCACCACUGUCAAAAUCGAGGGCGACGGUUCUGUGUGUGCAGGCGGCAAGGUCAUCUUAAAGUGCGAGGUCACAGGUGAUGCCAAAGACGUCACUUGGAAGAAGAACACUUCUCCCCAAACUACUAACGUCGAUGGCAAGGUGAUGACCAUCAACGGGGCUAAACCGGACGACGCCGGUGAAUACACUUGCCACGCCAAAAGCUACCUUGGCGGUCAACCGGUCGAUAGCCCCAGGUUUCCUCUCGCCGUUAGCGCGGCUGUCGACUGCGAGAAACAACAAAAAGGCACAAACUCCUCCACCUCCAUCAUCAACAAUAACGAAGAAGAAGAUAAGAAGGGGAAUGCCGCAGCCCGGGCCGCGUCCUGCUCCGUCGCUCUGGUGGUGAUGACCAGCCUCCUUCAGCUCUGCUGGAUGGUUUAGACACGGCGGCUGCCGGUCGAAUGGAAGUGCGGGCGGGGGGGGGUUGACUGCCGCCGCCGCCGCCACCUUUGCCUUUUUGGAGCGGGAGGAGCGAGCGCCCAGAGUGGAGCGACAGGCAAAGCUUUUUUUUUUGUUUUUAUUGUUUGUUCCUUGUUCCGUUUAGUUCACUCGAGCAUUUGAAUCAUCAGAAUCACUGAAUCCGCCACACAAUCCAAAUGGUGACUUAGUUUUGCGAAUGUUUUGGAUUGCAAACGCAUCAUCAGUGUCGAAAAAGUCAGCGGUCCAGGCUCACCUUUGCAUUUUCAGCCGCUUAGUUGCCGUCGUCUUUGUUAUUUGACUUGGCACUGGAAACAAAGAGGGAGGGACGGCGGCACGCUUGCUGUAGGUAAGUGCUCCCCCCUAGCGGCGGAACUGGUGGCAAAUGUCAAAAGGUUCAAAAAUGACCUUUCCAAUUAGGCAUGUAUUAUUAAUACCUUUUGGUAGCCAUCUUUGUAUGACCUCGGUUAGUUAACGAGUUUGUUUUCAGUUGUCGAUUUGACCUAUUUAUCCAAUUUAUUGAGAGUAAGCUAUUAUCCGUGUCUCGCUCAAUUCUUGGCGUAACACUGUUGAACUUGAAUUUGAUCUAGUCCAUCAUUUAGUAAUAGUAAGGUACCUUUUGUUAACCAGUCUCGAAGAAUGAUGAAUUCUUUGAUCUGUUCUUCCCAUGUUGACUAUGCGCAUGAUGAUGCCAAUCAUUUCAUCAUUCACCAUUUAUAUAUUAUCAUGAUUAUUUCUUCAUUUAUUUAUUAUUGAUUAUUUAUCUUUUUUCCUUUGAUUAUUCAUUUAUCAUAUCUCUUUUGUUACUCCGUAUGGAAUUAGACUUGUUUAUUUGAACAUUUAUUCAAUCGAUUGAAUCAUUCAUAGUAACCUCUCUCUACGUGAUUUGAAAUGAUAGGCGCGCUCACAAACACUUGAUUUGUUGUCGAUCUGUUGAUUAUUCAACCUAUUUAAUCAUUUGUUCAGAGAAUCGAGUAAGCUAUCUUUUGUUCUUAUUUGGAAAUCUAGGCGGUCGUAGCACGGUUGACUUAUUUGAAUGACUCAAUUAUUGAUUAAGCUCUUUUGUUCUUACAUGAGUUGAAAUGAUGGGCACCGCAUGCUCACAAACACGCCGUCUGAUUCAGCCAUUGAAUCACUCACUCUAAUCAGUUAUUCAUAGAGUAAGCUAUCUUGUAGUAAAAAUGAUCAUCCAUGUAUACUGCUGGCACCUGAGAGAGAUUGUCAUGGCGCAUGAUGGGAAGUGUGAGGAGAGGGCGAUUGGGGGCAGGAAAUGACGCGCGAGUGUGGAGGGAAGGGGAUUGGGCCGCCAGCAGCUCGUGUAUGUAUGAUUGAUUGUCUUAAGUUGUUAUUUCGGUUCAAUAAAAGCGAUGAAAUUGCA